CGGUGGAUUUCUAUUGCAGCAUACAUUGUGAUGGAAAACUUUAUUUUAUAUGAGGAGAUUGGAAGGGGGAGUAAGACCAUUGUUUAUAAAGGCAGAAGAAAAGGAACAAUCAACUUUGUGGCUAUUUUAUGCACUGAUAAAUGCAAAAGAGCUGAAAUCACAAAUUGGGUGCGCCUUACUCAUGAAACUAGGCACAAGAACAUAGUAACAUUUCACGAAUGGUAUGAGACAAGCAACCAUCUCUGGCUUGUAGUGGAAUUAUGUACAGGUGGAUCACUAGAACUGCUAAUUACUCAAGACAAACACUUACCUGAAGACGUUAUAAGAGAAUUCGGUAUUGAUUUAGUUGCUGGACUUCAUUAUAUUCAUGAACUUGGAAUUCUCUUUUGUGAUCUUACUCCAGGAAAGAUUCUUCUGGAAGGGCCUGGCACUUUGAAAUUCAGUAACUUUUGCUUGGCUAAAGCAGAAGGUGAAAACUUGGAAGAAUUUUUUGCUUUAAUUGGAGCAGAGGAACGGGGAGGCGAUAGUGGUGAAAGCAGAGGAGAAAUAUUGAAAAGCAGACUUAGAGGUUCACUUAAAUAUGUUGCACCCGAAGUGAUAAAGGGAAAUGACUUCUCAACAGCUAGUGAUCUGUGGUCGUUGGGCUGUUUACUAUAUGAAAUGUUUUCAGGAAGACCACCUUUUUUCUCUGAAAGCGAUACCGAAUUAACAGAACAGAUUUUAAAUGAAGAUCCCUUUCCACCUAUACAGCAAGGGUCUGCAGUUCCAAAACCAUCUUCUGACUUCCUUAACUUGCUUGUCUCUUUGCUUCAAAAGGAUCCCCAGAAGAGAUUGAACUGGACAGAACUGUUGCAGCAUCCUUUCUGGCAACAUGCUUUUGUUCAGAUUUCCAAAGAAUCGAUCUCAGGAAAAGACACCAACUCCAGUUUGAACAACAGUGGAGAUGCUGGGUUGUUUGUAUGUGGAAAGUCUGAGGAGUUGGAGAGUAAAAAAACGCCAGAUGCUCUUAAUCUAAGAACAUCAAACAAACAGUUGAACAGAUCUUUCAAGCUGGAAAAGCCGGAGGAAUUACGCCCUAAAAGUGCUGUUGAUGGUGAAUCAAAUGAAUCUAUUUUCCUUCUGAGUUCCCGUCCUACACCUAGGACUAGCAACACAGUAGAAAUAAGCUGUACCACUGCCAUUAUGUCUUCAAAUUCAUUACAGAGAACUUCUCCAUGUUCUUCUGUAAAGGAUAAAAACAGACCCUACAGUCCACAGGAUAUGGAAUCCAAAGUGAAAGAGCUUAUCUACACAGAGUCUGAUCUUAUUGUGACUCCAAUUAUUGACAAUCCAAAGAUAGUGAAGCAAGUAGCGAUGAGAUUUGACAUGAAAAAUUUGCAUAUACCAGCACAUUCAGCUGAGAAACUAUUGAUGCAAAAAGAAGAAGAAUGGAAUGACUUCUUACAACAAGUGCAUCAGCUGAUUGAUUCCCAAGAAAAGACUACAGGAGCGGCCAGAGUUAAACUGAAUUUACUUUGCUACUUCUGCACUGUUGCUGGCAAUAAAGAAGUAGCAACCAGAUUAAUUAGCACACAGCUGUUCCCAGCAUUAUUACAACAGUUGCGAGUAGCUUCAAACUGGGACAUACGUGCUAAAGCAGCCCAAGUUAUUGGCUUGCUUGCAUCUCAUACAGCUGAACUUAAAGAGAAUGUUCCAGUUGUAGAGGCAGUCACUCUCUUAACAGAAUUGAUUAGGGAGAACUUCAGGAACAGUAAACUAAAACAGUGCCUUUUACCUACCCUUGGGGAGUUGAUUUAUCUUGUGGCCUGCCAGGAGGAGAAAAAAGAGCACUCCAGAGAACGCUGGGUCCUUCCUUCAGCUGCUUACACUGUGCUAAUGAGGUGCCUUCGGGAAGGGGAAGAACGCAUUGUAAACCACAUAGCGGCAAAGAUUGUUGAAAAUGUGUGCUCCACUGUCUCUUCUCAUGCUCAAGGAUUUAUUACUGGAGAAAUUGGACCUGUAUUGUGGUUUCUCUUUACGCAUUCAACCAUAGAUUCUUUGAGAAUAACUGCUAUUUCGGCAUUAUGCAAAAUUACUCAUCACUCACCAAGUGCCUUCCAGAGUGUGAUUGAAAAAGUGGGACUGCCAGCUGUGAUACACUCCUUGGCAACUGGAAUAUGCAAAGUUCAGCAGUACAUGAUGACUAUGUUCUCUGCUAUGUUGUCAUGUGGUAUCCAUUUGCAAAGGCUAAUUCAAGAAAAGGACUUUGUGACUACAGUUAUUACACUCUUUGAAAGCCCUUCCUCUCUUAUACGAGCAAAGGCUUUUUUGGUCCUGUUACAAGUUUUAAUUAAUAACAAAGACAUGCUACUUCUGAGCUGUCAAGCAAGGUUGGUGAUGUAUAUUGAAAGAGACAGCAGAAAGACCAUGCCAGGAAAAGAACAGCAAAGCAGCAAUGAAUACCUGUCAAAAUGUCUGGGCCUUCUCAUCUGUCACAUUGUGCAAGAGCUGCCACAUAUUUUAGGUGACAUUAUUUCUGCUUUAUCCAAUGUAUCAGGACGUAAGCAUCCAUCAACAGUUCAAACCAAACAGCUGAAAGGGUGCCUUCCUAUGAUGCCUGUGGUCCUCCAUCUUAUGACAUCCCAGGUAUUUCGUCCACAAAUUGUAAAUGAGGAGUUUCUUUUCAGCUAUGGAACUUUACUGAAUUUUGUCGUAUUAAUAGAUUCAGGAGAAACUAACUUAGAUGGACCAAUAGGUCAAACAGGUACAGAAGAACUGAUUAAAAUAACUUUAUCAACAUUUGAAGCAAUAAUUCAACAUCCAGUAUUGCUGAUGCCUCACCAUGCAACAGUUAUAGAUCACAUCCUGCCACCCUUAGUUACUUUGGUCUCUAGUCAAAAUGUGGAAUGGAGACUCUUCAGUUUGCGGUUGCUCUCUGAAACCACAUCACUGCUUGUUAGUCAUGAGGUUAUGGCUGAAGAGAAAGAGAUCCUUAACUCAAGCAACAAACUUCUGUCUCUUGUUAGAGGCUCCUUGCUGCCUCAAUUAGAACACAUUUUAACUGCACCUAACCCAGUACCAGCUUAUGCUCUGAAACUGCUUGUUGCCCUUACAGAGUACAGUCCUGCUUUUAUAAGCUUGAUUGAAGAGAUGUGUCUUGUUCCAACAAUUUUUCAAGUUAUUCUGGAUCAUCAGGAUAUGCUGCUAGGAAAUACUAUUCGGAGUGUGACUGCUCUCUUAAGUAACCUAGUUUCCAAUAAAAAUACAAACAUGGCAUUACUUUACGAACAAGGUCUGGUCCAUCACAUCUGUAAUCUCCUAAUAGAAGCUGCUGCUCUGUGCUUGGAUGCAGAUGAUAAAAGCAACAUCAAGAUGGCAAAUGCUUUUCUCCUCUCGUUGCUUGACAUUUUGCACCACAUGCUGAUACAUACAGCUAAUAUCGUCCGCCUGACACUGCAGGCUCAGAAAUCUGGCACUGGAGGGGAUACCCAAACUGCUGAAGACCUCCUGCUUAUCAAUAAACCCUUGACAGAUCUAAUCAGCUUGCUUAUUCAGCUGCUUCCCAGUGAAGACACUGAAAUAUAUGAAAAUGCAUCACAGUGUUUGUCACUGUUAGUUCAACUGUAUGGUGGGGACAACAUGGAUAGUAUGUCUCCAGAAAACAUGGACAGCUUCACUGAAGUACUGCAGUUGAAAACUGAAGUGAAAGAUCAGAAACUUUUGCUGAGAGUUAUUAAGAGACUGAUAACUUCAAAUGAGAAGCAUGCACAAAGCCUGAAGAACGAUGGAGGUGGUCUUGUCCGUACACUAGAAAGAUUGACCCAAACGGCCAGCUUCCAUGCAGAUAUAGUAAUUGCUUCCUUGGCUUCUGAAAUCCUCAAGAAAAUUGAACACUAUCAAGGCUGAGUCAACUAACGCCAAUACAACAGAGAGAAGGGGGGAGGGGGAGGUUCUGAUGUGUAUUUCUAAAUAAAAUGAUAAUUUUUCA